AUGUUUCUAAUUGUUUAUCUCAUCAAUAUUGUCGCAAACCUUGAGAUGACCAUUUUAAUUAGAAUGGAUCCCCAGCUGCACACACUCAUGUAUUUUUUCCUCAGCCACCUCUCCUUCAGGGACCUCUGCUAUUCCUCAGCAGUUGGACCCAGGAUGCUGGUAGGCUUCAUCACUGAGAACAAGUCAAUUCCCUUCCAUGGCUGUGCUCUGCAGUGGUUGGUCUUCUGUAUCAUUGCAGAUUCUGAGCGUCUACUGCUGGCCGUGAUGGCCUUUGAUCGGUACAAGACCAUUAGCAACUCUUUGCUCCACGCAGUCAACGUGUCCAGCAGAGUGUGCUCCCUGCUCAUGGCUGGGGUUUAUCUGAUGGGAAUGGCAGAUGCUUUGACACACAUGACAUUAACAUUCCGCUUAUGUUUCUGUGGUUCAAAUGAGAUUAACCAUUUCUUCUGUGAUGUUCCUCCUCUCCUACUGCUCUCUUGCUCAGAUACACAGGCCAAUGAGUUAGUGAUACUCACUAUUUUUGGCUUCAUUGAACUGAUUACUCUUUCAGGGAUUUUUGCGUCUUAUUGUUACAUCAUCCUGGCAGUAAUAAAGAUCCACUCUGCUGAGGGGAGGGUCAAAGCUUUCUCCACCUGCACCUCCCACUUAACUGCUGUGGCCAUUUUCCAGGGAACUAUUCUCUUCAUGUAUUUCAAGCUGAGUUCUUCCUACUCCCUAGAUCAAGACAAAACGACCUCAUUGUUUUACACCCUUUGA